AUGGCUAGUGAAGAAUACAAGGGAGGGGACAUGGCCAGUGAUGUCUUCCAGGGAGGGGACAUGGCUAGUGAUGGCUACAAGGGAGGGGACAUGGCUAGUGAUGGCUUCCUGAGAGAUGACAUGGCUAGUGAUGGCUACCAGGUAGGAGACAUGGCUAGUGAUGGCUACAAUGGAGGGGACAUGGCUAGUGAUGGCUACAAGGGAACAGACAUGGCCAGUGAUGGCUUCCAAGGAGAUGGCAUGGCUAGUGAUGGCUUCCAGGGAGAUGACAUGGCUAGUGAUGGCUACCAGGUAGGAGACAUGGCUAGUGAUGGCUACAAUGGAGGAGACAUGGCUAGUGAUGGCUACAAGGGAGGGGACAUGGCCAGUGAUGGCUUCCAGGGAGAUGACAUGGCUAGUGAUGGCUUCCAGGGAGAUGACAUGGCUAGUGAUGGCUGCCAGGAAGGAGGACAUGGCUAG